AUGAGGAGCCUCUGCAGCCCCAGCCUCCUCCUGCUCUACUGCUUCCUGGUGGGCAGCCUAGCACAGACCGACUAUGAUGAGGAGAGUAGCAAUGGAGGUGAAUGAAAGCGCACUGCCCACACCAAUGAGACCCUGACCUCCUCCAUCGCCUGCCCGAGGAGCUUCCCUGGGGAGAAGAGGAACUUCAAUAACACCACCUACCUGUGUAUCGGGAAGGGCUCCAGAGAGCACCUGUUCAGCUGGGUCUCCACAAGCUUGGUCCCUUCCCUCUACACUCUCGUCCUCUUGGUGGGCUUGCCGGCCAAUGGCUUAGCAUUGUGGGGUGCUCUGACCAAGAUCCAGAGACUGCCUUCCACCAUCUUUCUGAUGAACCUGGCCGUAGCCGACCUGCUCCUGGUUCUCGUCCUCCCCUUCAAGAUCUCUUACUACUUCCUGGGCCACCACUGGCUCUUCGGGGAGGGGCUGUGCCGCGUGGUCACUGCCCUCUUCUGAAACAUGUACUGCUCCAUGCUGCUCCUGGCCUGCAUCAGUGCUGACAGGUACCUGGCCAUCGUGCACCCGUUCUUCUCUCCGUCAGUGCGCAGCCCCGCCUUUGCCGCGGGCCUCUGCGCCCUGGUCUGGCUUGUGGCGGCCUCCCUCACGCUGCCCCUGACGGCCCGGCGGCAGUCCCGACCCCUGCACGGCAGCGAUGGCCUCAUCUUGUGCCACGACGUGCUCCCCCCAGACGAGCAGGCCGGCCACUUCCUCAAGAUCUUUGUCUGCCUGGUCCUGCUGGCUUUGUCCUGCCGCUGCUGGGAUUCUCUCUGCUACGGCUCCGUCAUCCACGUCCUGGUGCCGGCGGGGAGGUACGGCUACGCCGUCAAGCUCACUGUUCUGGUGCUGGCCUCGGCCGUCGCUCUCUUUACGCCGAGCAACGUGCUCCUGCGCAUCCACUAUUCCGAUCCCAGCGCCAAGGGCUUCGGAGACCUCUACUUCUGGUAUGUUCUCAGCCUGGCCGUCAGCACCUUCAACAGCUGUGACCCUUUCAUCUAUUACUAUGUGUCCGAGGAAUUCAGGACCAAAGUGAAGAGAAAGGUUUGUCAGCAGGACAAGCGCACGCUCACCGUCCAGAAGGCUUCCAGGAAGAUGUCCCUGGGUUGGGGUACCCGCUCUACGUCUCUGGUCUAGAGAUGGAUCCGGCGCCACAGCGGAUCUGGCCUGAAGGUUUGAGGCUGCGGAGGACCCCUCCGACCCCCGUC